AUGGCCACUCCCAGACGGUUUCCGACGCUCGUGCAGCUGGAGCAGCGAGAAGGGGCGCUGUUCACGGUGCUCGGUAACCUCACCAAGCGGCCCUACUGGUUCCACUUGGAGUAUCUGAAGAGUCCGAAGGCAGUUCGCCUCGAGGCGUGGCUGGUGGAAGCGAUCUUCGGCCGGGGAGGAGAGCACAUCCCGCACGUCGAGUGUGUGUCGCAGACCCUGCUUCACGUUAAUCAGUGGGACCCCGAGGGCGAGGCUGAGAUCUUGAUAUUUGGUCGGCCUUAUUACCAGAAAGAUGUAUCCAAGAUGAUCAUGAAUUUGGCUGACUAUCACCGCCAACUCCGGGCACAAAGCUCAGAGAAGGUCCCUGUCCAGGACGCAGCGACCCAGCGGUCCCCCGACGCUGCCCGAGAAGCAGCGACCCAGAGCUCCCCGAAGGCCGCCCAGGAGGAGGGGACGCAGCGGUCCCCCGACACCGCCCGCGAGGCGGCGACGCAGCGGUCCCCCGACACCGCCCGCGAGGCGGCGACGCAGCGGUCCCCGAAGGCCGCCCGCGAGGCGGCGACGCAGCGGUCCCCGAAGGCCGCCCGCGAGGCGGCGACGCAGCGGUCCCCCGGCGCAGCCCGCGAGGCGGCGACGCAGCGGUCCCCCGGCGCAGCCCGCGAGGCGGCCACCCAGCGAUCCUCGGACGCUACCCAGGGCCGGGUUACCAGCUCAUGA